CUUCCAUACCGGUCCUGAGCAGCGUGACUCCGAGGGGGCGUGGCUACAGUUUUCAUAAAGAUACUCUACUCUCUGCUCUGAAUCGAAUAACAUGAGCUCCCCGGACAAGAAGACUAUAACCGUAAUCGGCAGCGGGCUGAUUGGCCGCUCCUGGUCCAUGGUCUUUGUCAGUGGAGGCUACAGUGUGAGAAUCUAUGACAACCAACCUGGGCAGGCUGCCAAUGCCAUCAAAGAGAUCAGGAAACAGCUGGAGGAGCUGGAGGGAGUCCACAUGCUGAGAGGAGAGCUGGCGGCCUCGCAGCAGGUUGCCCUGAUCAGCUGCUUCGAUGACUUGGCUCAGGCUCUGGAGGGAGCCUUCUUCGUGCAGGAGUGCGUCUUCGAGCAGCUGGAGGUGAAGCAGAGCGUCUUCCAGGACAUCGAGCGUCUCGUUGGAAAAGACGUCGUCCUGAGCAGCUCCACUUCCUGUCUGGUGCCGAGCAACGUCUUCUCUAAAGUGCAGAACAAGAGUCGCUGCAUCGUCUCCCACCCGGUAAACCCACCCUACUAUGUCAAACUGGUGGAGCUGGUACCUCACCCAGAGACUACAUCGACCGUUAUGGACACCACCCAUGCCCUUAUGACCAAGGUUGGCCAGGCGCCCGUCCGUCUAAGGAAGGAGAUUGAUGGCUUCGCUCUAAACAGAGUGCAGGCGGCCAUUAUCGCCGAGUCCUGGAGGCUGGUCCAGGAUGGCGUUAUCUCUGUUAAGGACAUCGACCUGGUGAUGUCAGAGGGGCUGGGGAUGCGUUACGCCUUCAUUGGUCCCAUGGAAACGAUUCACCUCAACGCACCAGAAGGUUUGGAAGACUACAUGAAACGUUACGGAGAGGGCAUAACAAGAGUCCUGAAGUCUUUCGGGCCUGUACCGGACUUCUGCGGCGAGGGAUCGAAAAGCAUCGCUAAUGAGAUGUGUGAGCUGAUUCCCAAUGACCGGCAGCAUCUGUCGGCCAGGAUGGAGAGGAGGGACCAGCUCCUCAUGUCUCUGUCCAAGCUGAAGAAGGAGCACUGAGGACGACGAGACCUGAAGUUUCAUGAUUCUUCUAAAUGUUGCUGACCUCUGAGGGAGGCUUUUCUUAACUCCUGUUAUGCCAGAUAAAUAAAAAUGAAUGCAACCUUUUAAAUUUGGUUGAUGAACUGUAAUCUAAAUAAGAGAUCUGAGAAGACUGAUUUUUUAUUUCUUUUGUAAGUAAUCCUGGAAUAAAAGAAAUCCUAACCUCAAGGACGAAGGUAUAUGGGAUUACAUUUGUCUGUA